AUGGGUCUUUUCCACCACCACCACGAGAACCAGCACGGCCCUGGCGGCCAUGAAGGCCCCCACGGCGGUCCUCAGGGCGGCCCUGGAGGUCCUGGCGGCCCUCACGGCGGUGGCCCUGGUGGUCCUCAUGGCGGUCCCGGCGGUCCCGGCGGCCCUGGAGGAUUCGGUGGUCCUCAUGAAGGUCCUGGUGGCCACGGAGGCCCUCACGGCGGCGGCCACGGCGGCCCUGGUGGUCCCCACGGCGGUCCUGGCGGCCCCGGUGGCCCCGGUGGCCCUCACGGAGUUCCGCAGAUGAUCGAUCGUGCAACCAUUCGAGCGAAGUGA